CAAUGAAAUGGGCCUUUCACACUUGUGGGGCAGUUGGUUCAGAGGGGCCCACUCCAACCCAGUGUAGCAGCUCCUAUCGGAACAGCAAUGUCAAUGUUACCGUGGCAACCAGAAGCCCAUUCAAAGGCAUCCAAAUAUGGAGGGUACCGGAGACUGGCAUCUACAGGUAAGACAUCAGCUGCAUGUAAAUAGUCUCUAUUGCCUUCCUUUUAUAAUUAUCAAGUAAGAUAACAUAGCCUGAAUCUCAAUAGUCUUAACUGGCUUCCUUUCAUGGUAGUUGUAACAUAUAGGCUGAAUAUCCAUAGUCUAAAUUGCAUUCCUGUCAUGAUAGGUGUAACAUGCUGAGUCUCAAUUGUCUAAAUUGGCUUCCUUUCAUGAUAGGUGUAUGGUAUAGGCUGAGUCUCAAUCUUAACUGGCUUCCUUUCAUGGUAGGUGUAACACAGACUGAAUAUCCAGAGUCUGAAUUGGCUUGGUAGUUGUAGAACAUAGGCUUAAUGUUGAUAGUCUAACUUGGAUUACGUGGUAGGUGCACUCUUAGAAUAAAAGGUGCUAAGUAGAACCAUAUAGGGUUCUUCGGUUCGUCCCCUUUUUGGUGCUGGGUAGAACCCUUUGCAGAGGGUUCUACCUAGAACCCUCUAUGUAGGGUUCUUCAUAGAAACUGCUGUACAUGGUUCUUCCUAGAACCCUCUAUGAAUGGUUCCACCAGCCUUAUUAGCCUUUAAAAUUUAAUUAUUAAUGAUAAUACAUUUUGUGUGUAUAGUUGAAGUUGGAAGUUUACAUACACUUAGUCAUUAAAACUCGUUUUUCAACCACUCCACAAAUGUCUUGUUAAAAAACUAUUGUUUUGGCAAGUCGGUUAGGACAUCUACAUUGUGCACGACAAAAGUAAUUUUUCAAAUGUUCCAUACAUUUGGCAAGUCGGUUAGUAAUUUUUCCAACAAUUGUUUACAGACAGAUUAUUUCACUUAUAAUUCACUGUAUCACAAUUCCAGUGGGUCAGAAGUUUACAUACACUAAGUUGACAGUGCCUUUAAACAGCUUGGAAAAUUCCAGAAAAUGAUGUCAUGGCUUUAGAAGCUUCUGAUAGGCUAAUUGACAUCAUUUGAGUCAUUUGGAGGUGUACCUGUGGAUGUAUUUCAAGACCUACCUUCAAACUCAGUGCCUCUUUGCUUGACAUCAUGGGAAAAUCAAAAGAAGUCAGCCAAGACCUCAGAAAACAAAUGGUAGACCUCCACAAGUCUGGUUCAUCCUUGGGAGAAAAAAAACAAAACAAAAAAAACUUUGUAAAGUGGUUAUCCCACUGGCUAUAAGGUGAAUGCACCUAUUUGUAAGUCGCUCUGGAUAAGAGCGUCUGCUAAAUGACGUAAAUGUAAAUGCAAAUGAAUUUCCAAACGCCUGAAGGUACCAUGUUUAUCUGUACUAACAAUAGUACGCAAGUAUAAACACCAUGGGAACACACAGCCGUCAUACCGCUCAGGAAGGAGACGCGUUCUGUCUCCUAGCGAUGAACAUACUUUGGUGUGAAAAGUGCAAAUUAAUCACAGAACAACAGCAAAGGACCUUGUGAAGAUGCUGGAGGAAACAGGUACAAAAGUAUCUAUAUCCACAGUAAAACAAGUCCUAUAUCGACAUGACCUGAAAGGCCGCUCAGCAAGGAAAAAGCCACUGCUCCAAAACCGCCAUAAAAAGGCCAGACUACAGUUUGCAACUGCACAAGGGGACAAAGAUCGUACUUUUUGGAGAAAUGUCCUCUGGUCUGAUGAAACAAAAAUAGAACUGUUUGGCCAUAAUGACCAUCAUUAUGUUUGGAGGAAAAAGGGGGUCGCUUGCAAGCCGAAGAACACCAUCCCAAACGUGAAGCACGGGGGUGGCAGCAUCAUGCUGUGGGGGUGCUCUGCUGCAGGAGGGACUGGUGCACUUCACAAAAUAGAUGGCAUCAUGAGGAAGGAAAAUUAUGUGGAUAUAUUGAAGCAACAUCUCAAGACAUCAGUCAGGAAGUUAAAGCUUGAUCGCAAAUGGGUCUUCCAAAUGGAUAAUGACCCCAAACACACUUCCAAAGUUGUGGCAAAAUGGCAAGGACAACAAACUCAAGUUAUUGGAGUGGCCAUCACAAAGCCCUGACCUCAAUCCUAUAGAAAAUGUGUGGGCAGAACUGAAAAAGCGUGUGCGAGCAAGGAGGCCUACAAACCUGACUCAGUUACACCAGCUCUGUCAGGAGGAAUGGGACAAAAUUUACCCAAAUGUUUGACCCAAGUUAAACAAUUUAAAGGCAAUGCUACCAAAUACUAAUUGAGUGUAUGUAAAUUUCUGACCCACUGGGAAUGUGAUGAAAUAAAUAAAAGCUGAAAUAAAUAAUUCUCUCUAUUAUUCUGACAUUUCACAUUCUUAAAAUAAAGUGGUGAUCCUAACUGACCAAAGACAGGGAAUUUUUACUAGGAUUAAAUGUCAGGAAUUGUGAAAAACUGAGUUUAAAUGUAUUUGGAUAAGGUGUAUGUAAACUUCCGACUUCAACUGUAUAUACAGUGGGGAGAACAAGUAUUUGAUACACUGCCGAUUUUGCAGGUUUUCCUACUUACAUAGCAUGUAGAGGUCUGUAAUUUUUCUAAAAUUCAGAAAAUCACAUUGUAUGAUUUUUAAGUAAUUAAUUUGCAUUUUAUUGCAUGAUAUAAGAAUUUGAUACAUCAGAAAAGCAGAACUUAAUAUUUGGUACAGAACCCUUUGUUUGCAAUUACAGAGAUCAUACUUUUCCUGUAGGUCUUCACCAGGUUUGCACACACUGCAGCAAGGAUUUUGGCCCACUCCUCCAUACAGACCUUCUCCAGAUCCUUCAGGUUUCGGGGCUGUCGUUGGGCAAUACAGACUUUCAGCUCCCUCCAAAGAUUUUCUAUUGGGUUCAGGUCUGGAGACUGGCUAGGCAACUCCAGGACCUUGAGAUGCUUCUUACGGAGCCACUCCUUAGUUGCCCUGGCUGUGUGUUUCGGGUCAUUGUCAUGCUGGAAGACCCUGCCACGACCCAUCUUCAAUGCUCUUACUGAGGGAAGGAGGUUGUUGGCCAAGAUCUCGCGAUACAUGUCCCCAUCCAUCCUCCCCUCAAUAUGGUGCAGUUGUCCUUUCCCCUUUGCAGAAAAGCAUCCCCAAAGAAUGAUGUUUCCACCUCCAUGCUUCACGGUUGGGAUGGUGUUCUUGGGGUUGUACUCAUUCUUCUUCUUCCUCCAAACAUGGCGAGUGGAAUUUAGACCAAAAAGCUCUAUUUUUGUCUCAUCAGACCACAUGACCUUCUCCCAUUCCUCCUCUGGAUCAUCCAGAUGGUCAUUGGCAAACUUCAGACGGGCCUGGACAUGCGCUGGCUUGAGCAGGGGGACCUUGCGUGCUCUGCAGGAUUUUAAUCCAUGAUGGCGUAGUGUGUUUUUAAUGGUUUUCUUUGAGACUGUGGUCCCAGCUCUCUUCAGGUCAUUGACCAGGUCCUGCCGUGUAGUUCUGGGCUGAUCCCUCACCUUCCUCAUGAUUAUUGAUGCCCCACGAGGUGAGAUCUUGCAUGGAGACCCAGACCGAGGGUGAUUAACCGUCAUCUUGAACUUCUUCCAUUUUCUAAUAAUUGUGCCAACAGUUGUUGCCUUCUCACCAAGCUGCUUGCCUAUUGUCCUGUAGCCCAUCCCAGCCUUGUGCAGGUCUACAAUUUUAUCCCUGAUGUCCUUACACAGCUCUCUGGUCUUGACCAUUGUGGCGAGGUUGGAGUCUGUAUGAUUGUGGACAGGUGUCUUUUAUACAGGUAACAAGUACAAACAGGUGCAGUUAAUACAGGUAAUGAGUGGAGAACAGGAGGGCUUCUUAAAGAAAAGCUAACAGGUCUGUGAGAGCCGGAAUUCUUACUGGUUGGUAGGUGAUCAAAUACUUAUGUCAUGCAAUAAAAUGCAAAUUAAUUACUUAAAAAUCAUACAAUGUGAUUUUCUGGAUUUUUCGUCUCUCACAGUUGAAGUGUACCUAUGAUAAAAAUUACAGACCUCUACAUGCUUUGUAAGUAGGAAAGCCUGCAAAAUCGGCAGUGUAUCAAAUACUUGUUCUCUCUACUGUAUAUAUAUAUAUAUAUAUAUAUAUAUAUAUAUAUAUAUAUAUAUAUAUAGUUUUAGAACACCCACUCAUUCAAGGUUUUUUCUAUAUUUUUACUUUUUUCUACAUUGUAGAAUAAUAGUGAAGACAUCAAAACUAUGAAAUAUAUGGAAUCAUGUAGUAACCAAAAAAGUGUUAAACAAAUCUAAAUAUAUUUUAGAUUUUAGAUUCUUGUUGUUGAGAUGUGUCUGUUACUUGAACUCUGUGAAUCAUUUAUUUGGGCUGCAUUUUCUGAGGCUGGUAACUCUAAUGAACUUAUCAUCUGCAGCAGAGGUAACGCUGGGUCUUCCAUUCCUGUGGUGGUCCUCAUGAAAGCCAGUUUCAUCAUAGCGCUUGAUGGUUUUUGCGACUGCAUUUCAAGAAACUUUCAAAUUUCUUGAAAUGUUCCGGAUUGACUGAUCUUCAUGUCUUAAAGUAAUAUGGACUUGGUCUUUUACCCCCCCCCCUCAAAUAUAAAAUAUUUUUUAAGGAUCUGACCCUUAUUUUCAAUUUUCGCCUAAAAUGACAUACUCAAAUCUUACUGCCUGUAGCUCAGGACCUGAAACAAGGAUAUGCAUAUUAUUGGUACCAUACUAAAGGACACACUUUGAAGUUUUUGGUAAUUUGAAAUUAAUGUAGGAGAAUAUAACACAUCAGAUCUGGUAAAAGAUAAAACAAACAGAAAAACAUGCGCUUUCAAUAUAUAUAUUUUUGUUACAUCAUCUUUGAAAUGCAAGAGAAAGGCCACAAUAUAAUAUUGUAAGCUAGGCGCAAGUUAGAUGUUGGCCACUCGAUGGCAGCAGUGUGCGUGCAAAUUUCAGAUUGAUCCAGUGAAGCAUUGCAAUACUGGACUAUUUUGUAUUACCACAAGAUGUAAACCAUUGGUAAACCUCCAAAACAGGAAGACCAGAUUAGAGUUUGCCAUAAAACAUCUUUAAAAGCCUGUCCAGUUCUGGAAAAACAUCCUAUGGACAGAUGAGACAAAGAUCAACUUGUACCAGAAUGAUGGGAAGAGAAGAGUAUGGAGAAGGGAAGGAACUGCUCAUGAUCCGAAGCAUACCACCUCAUCUGUGAAGCAUGGUGGAGGUAGUGUUAUGGCGUGGGCAUGUAUGGCUGCCAAUGGAACUGGUUCCCUUGUAUUUAUUGAUGAUGUAACUGCAGGAUGAAUUCUGAAGUGUUUAGGGCUAUAUUAUCUGCUCAGAUUCAGCCAAAUGCUUCAAACUCAUUGGACGGCGCUUCACAGUGCAGAUGGACAAUGACCCGAAGCAUACUGCGACAGCAACCCAAUACUUUUUUAAGUCAAAGAAGUGGAAUGUUCUGCAAUGGCCAAGUCAAUCAUCUGACCUAAAUCCAAUUGAGCAUGCAUUUAACUUGCUGAAGGCAAAACUGAAGGCAAAACACCCCAAGAACAAGCAGGAACUGAAGACAGCUGCAGUAAAGGCCUGGCAGAGCAUCACCAGGGAAGAAACCCAGUAUCUGGUGAUGUCUAUGGGUUCCAGACUUCAGGCAGUCAAUGACUGCAAAGGAUUUGCAACCAAGUAUUAAAAAUAACAAUUUAAUUUAUGAUUAUGUUAGUUUGUCCAAUUACUUUUGAGCCACUAAAAUCGGGGGGCUAUGUAUAGAAAUGGUUGUAAUUCCUACACGGUUCAUACAAUAAUUUUGACAAAACCCUUAAAUUAAAGAUGAAAGUCUACACUUAAAGGACAUCUUGAUUGUUUCCUUUCAAAUCCAUUGUGGUGCUGUACAGAGUCAAAAUGAUGCAAAUUGUGUCACUGUCCAAAUACUUAUGGACCUGACUGUAUAUGUGUGUAUUGGGGGGCUUUCAGAAAGUAUUCAGAACCCUUGACUUUUUCCACAAUCUGUUUUGUUAUAAAGUGGGAUUAAAAUUGUCAGCGAUCUACACAAAAUACUCUGUAAUGACAAAGUGGAAGAAACAUUUGAAUAUUUGAAAAAUAUUUUAUGAAAAUGAUAUGUUGAUUAGAAAGUAUUCAACCCACUGAGUCAAUACAUGUUAGAGUCACCUUUGGCAGCAAUUAUAGCUGUGUCUUUCUGGGUAAAUCUCUAAGAGCUUUGCACAUCUGGAAUGUACAAUAUUUGCACAUUAUUGUUUUUAAAAUUCUUCAAACUCUGUCAAGUUGGUUGUUGAUUGUUGCUAGACAGCCGUUUUCAAGGGUUAUUUGAUUAUUCUUUGGAAGGCAAGAAGGAUUCUUUGGAAGGCAAGAAGGGUUCUACAUAGAACGAUUUAUCACAUUUCCCAGCAUGCUCUAUUGCAGGGUGAUUUUCAAAAUUGUUUGUUUUAAUAUCUGCGUUUUUGUAUUGAUUGGCUGAUAAAUGUUAUGCUACACAAAGAUAAAUAGCACAUUAUUCUGAACUAAUCCAAUCUGUUAGUAGUGGGACUUAUUGCUGUCACGAUCGUCAUACAUAGAGGACCAAGGCGCAGCGUUGAAGGUGAACAUGUUUAAUAAUAAUAAUGAUGAUGAUCAACCGAUCAGAACAACAAACGAAUAACGUGACGUCUACGGUUUAACACAAACCGAAAUGAACAAAAACCCACAACACCCACAGGAAAACAUACAGAUAAAUAUGGCUCCCAAUCAGAGAUAACGAGCCGACAGCUGACACUCGUUACCUCCGAUUGGGAGUCAUUGACCAAACAUAGAAAUGCACCCAACAGAAAUACAAACAUAGAAAUACACCCAAAUAAUGAACACACCCUGGCUCACUAUACAGAGUCCCGGAGCCAGAGCGUGACAGUACCCCCCCCUAAAGGCGCGGACUGCGACCGCGCCUCAAUACGGGCUAAACAAGGGAGGGCUGGGUGGGCACACCUCCUCGGCGGUGGCUCUGGCUCCGUCCUUGAUCCCCACCUCCUCUCCAACCCCCCAAAGUACCCCUGGUCCUGUCCAGCCCCGCUGGCCGGAGCCGGACCGACGACACGCGCCCCUGGCCUGAUGCGUGGAGGAGGAACGGGCCGGACCGGGCUGACGACGCGCACCACUGACCUGGUGCGGGGAGCUUGGAUGGGCCGAACUGGGCUGGCGACGCGCACCACAGACUUGGUGCGGAGAGCAGGAACGGGCCGGACAGGGCUGACGAAACGCACCACAGACUUGGUGCGGAGAACAGGCACGGGCCGUGCCGGACUGACGCCGCACCCCACUGGCUUGGUGUGGGGAGCAGGAGCGGACCGAGCCGGGCUGUCGAAGCGCACCCCUGACUUGGUGCGGGGAGCAGGAACGGGACGAGCCGGGCUGGCGACGCGCACCACAGACCUGGUGCGGAGAGCAGGAACGGGCAGAGCCGGGCUGACGAGACGCACCACAGACUUGAUGCGGGGAGCAGGAAUGGGCCGGACUGGGCUGGCGACGCGCACCACAGACCUGGUGCGGAGAGCAGGAACGGGCAGAGCCGGGCUGACGAGACGCACCACAGACUUGAUGCGGGGAGCAGGAAUGGGCCGGACCGGGCUGACGAGACGCACCACAGACUUGAUGCUGGGAGCAGGAACGGGCCGGACUGGACUGACGACGCACACCACUGGCUUGGUGCGGGAAGCUUGGAUGGGCCGGACUGUACUGGGGACACACACCACUGGCCCCACACCGGGAUCUGGAACGGGCCGGACCGGACUGGCAACACACGCCAGUACCUCUCACCGUGCCUCCACUUCCUCCAUCCCCUCUUUGACCAGUGGCCCCCGUAACCCGGCGGCCUUCUCCAGCAACCCACUGGGCCGCUCUAUCGCGGCCUCCUGCUGGUCCGACGUCUCGAGCCCCCCCCUAAAAAUUUUCGGGGCGUCUCUCCUACCCGUGGACCAGGUCUCCAUAGACCUCGCCAGCCUCUCGCCCUUCUGCCAUAGCGUCAAGCCCUUCUCCUCCUCACUCGGCUUGACCCAGUCCAGGAGGCGAAGGAGAUCUGUGAGGGAUCUCCCUGGCGACGGCUCCUGGACACGCUGCUUGGUCCCAUCUUGGUGGGUUUUUCUGUCACGAUCGUCAUACAUAGAGGACCAAGGCGCAGCGUUGAAGGUGAACAUGUUUAAUAAUAAUAAUGAUGAUGAUCAACCGAUCAGAACAACAAACGAAUAACGUGACGUCUACGGUUUAACACAAACCGAAAUGAACAAAAACCCACAACACCCACAGGAAAACAUACAGAUAAAUAUGGCUCCCAAUCAGAGAUCACGAGCCGACAGCUGACACUCGUUACCUCCGAUUGGGAGUCAUUGACCAAACAUAGAAAUGCACCCAACAGAAAUACAAACAUAGAAAUACACCCAAAUAAUGAACACACCCUGGCUCACUAUACAGAGUCCCGGAGCCAGAGCGUGACAAUUGCACCCGUUACUGAGAUGGUUGUUCCAGUUUAGAUGAUUGAGGUAGUCUCAAUAUUCAAUCUUCCCUACCCUGGCAAUCAUUCUGAAUGCAGGUUUUAAAAAAUUCUGCUAGUUGGAUAUCCUAACUCUUGCUGGAAUACAAUAGGAAUUAAACAUCACUUUGCAAGCCAGCAUAAUGUGAUUUGCAGGCCUGAUGUGGCCUAUAAGCCAGGAGUUUCCUAACACCACUGUGUUACGGUAUAACUAGGCCCUCAAAGAAAGGCCUUAUUAUAUAGGCAAUGCAUUGUCAUAAAUCAUUUAAUUUUAAAGUCAAAUAAGGCUGUUGGAACCGUUCAUAGAGCGUUCUAGGAAAAACCCUCCUAAGAUGAAAGGGUUCUCAGUAGAACCCUUCAUAGAGGGUUCUAGGAAGAACCUUUAGAGGAUAAAAUUGUUCUUGGUAGAACCCUUCAUAGAGGGUUCUAGGUAGAACCAUUUACAGGGGGUUGUAUGAAAAACCCUACAUAGAGGGUUCCAGGUAAAACCCUCUGCAAAGGGUUCUACUUAGCACCAAAAAGGGAUCCCCUAUGGCUGGGGUGCCAAACUCAUUCCAUCGAGGGCCUAGUGUCUGAGGGUUUUUGUUUAGACAUAGACAACCAAGUGAUGUGAGUCCUUUACUAAUUAGGAGCGAAAAGCCGCAGACACAUGGCCCUCCGUGGAAUGAGCUUGACACGUGCCCUAUGGGGACAAACUGAAAAAAACAAUAUGGUUCUACUACUUUCUAAGAGUGUAGUGUGAAGACAGCCAACGGUUGAUUUGAUAUUGUGAUCUGUUUCAGAAGCCUUAUAAUGCACUAUACCACCUGUGUGUAAUGCUUUAUGAAUGCAUUUACAGUCAUUGUGCAUUUGGAAUGUUGUUAUUAUAACAAGCCUUAAAGGUGCAAUCAGUAGAAAUGUACAAUCUAAACCGCUGUGAAAUAUAUUUCAAUAACCAAAGAUAUUGUAUUUUCAGCUGUUUGAAACUGGUGUACAAAACCGGAAGUAAAAAGACACAAAACUGAAACAUACAAAUAGUGCAUAGAACGGAUCUACUGCUUAUCAGUUUUGCUUUCAAUGAGGAUGACAGUUCUUUAACUCACAUUUCUAUGUGAAUUUGGUUGGGUCGCCCACAAAGCAACAUACAAAGCAAAUGCCUUAUGCACAGGUGGUUCAUACAAAGUAGUAAUACCAAAGUCAUGCCUUUCUGUUUAUGUGUAUUUCCAAAACAGGAUCACAGCUUGCGGGGCGGCUGGCGGUCGCAGCGUAUUGGCCAUGACCAAGUCACAUGGUAUCCAACUCACAGCGGACUUCCUGCUUCAGAAGGGCGAGUUGCUUCACAUCCUGGUGGGCCAAAAAGGAGAUGACGCUUGCCCCAACGUGAGUACCAUCUUCCCAAAAGCUCAGAAUACAUGUCAAGGCUCAAUACUUUCACAAUUAUGCCUCAUCCCAAAUUCAAAUCAAAUUAAAUGGUUUGGGGGGCAGUGCAAAUAGUCCGGGUAGCCAUGAUUAGCUGUUCAGGAGUCUUAUGGCUUGGGGGUAGAAGCUGUUGAGAAGUAUUUUGGACCUAGACUUGGCACUCCGGUACCGCUUGCCGUGCGGUAGCAGAGAGAACAGUCUAUGACUAGGGUGGCUGGAGUCUUUGACAAUUUUGAGGGCCUUCCUCUGACACCACCUGGUAUAGAGGUCCUGGAUGGCAGGAAGCUUGGCCCCAGUGAUGUACUGGGCCGUACGCACUACCCUCUGUAGUGCCUUGCGGUCGGUGGCCGAGCAGUUGCCAUACCAGGCAGUGAUGCAACCAGUCAGGAUGCUCUCGAUGGUGCAGCUGUAGAAUUUUUUGAGGAUCUGAGGACCCAUGCAAAGUUGACCCCUAGACCCUGCCUCCUAGGCAGGCACUUGGAUCUAAAAAGACUGUGUAGAUCUAAGAGGACUGUAUCUAAGAAGGGUCUGAUAACCUGGGAAAAACCAAAUACACUGAAAACAAACCCAGGUUAAACCAGGGUUCUUAGUCCAGGGGGGCUAUAGUAAUGCUUCAUUUUGCUUACUGAUUAACCAGGUGGAAUCGUUGCUUUAUCACUUACACCUAAAUGCAAUCCUGUCAGUUAUUUACAAGUGCAUAAAUAGCCUAUUAUAGACUACAGCGUGGUCUAGCUCGAUCCAAACUGGAAUGUUGAAGUCUCAGGGCUACGGCAAAAGAAGAACAUCCUCAAAACUUCUCUCACACCAUGAAGGAGCACGUUUGAAUUAAUAUCCCAUCGAAUGCUUUGCCAUUUCCACUGUAAACAUUGUCAGCUAGGGAAGUGAGAAAUUGAAAACAUUUCUUAACGUUAAACAGCUUUGUUAUCAGUUUUCUGUGCAAAAAUUAUAACACAAAUUCAUACAAUUUCACGUGAAUUCACAAUGCAGCUGCGCUGCUGCCAGCAACGGUUUGGGUCUCACGGAGCUUCCCUUUCAGAUGGUUAAGCAUUGCAACUAUUACUGCCAUUACUGUACCUCAAUUACGCCUCGCAAAGUUUGCAUUUCACCACGUUAAGAAAUGUUUUCCAUUUGUCACAUCCCUAGGUGAGAGUCUCAAUCCAACAGUGGAAAUGGCAAGAUGCUUGAUUUAACUUCUCAAAGUAUUGCCAUACAGGUCUCUGCUGCUGUCGCUUGCCUUUCUCUGCCAUUUUAUCAAACAUUAUUGAUGACGUAGUCAUCUCCAAAGUCAACUCCAAAAUCAUUGAUUCCUCGACUCCUUGCACGUCGACUCCUGGUGUCGACUCCCAUUUCUGAGUGUCAAGAUUCAAUUCUGCUAGGCCUAUCUAUCGGUAAUCAAAAGCUGUAUCUCACAAUGGAAUGCUGUAUCUCGCAAUUGUUUGGCUUGCAAUGUAUCGCAACUUCAGUAAAGCAGGGCCUAUCAUCAAUGAAUAGGCUAGGAUAUUCUACACGCAACAGACCGAUGACUGAACACACGCGCAUCAUUAUUGAAGAGAACGAACAGGCAAGCAGGCGAGACAGCGUGAGGGAGAGAGAGGAAGGGGCAGGCAGAAAGAACCAUGCGCAUAUGUCUUAGUAAUCUAUAUCUCACAAUGUAUUGUCUUGCAUGCCUCAUAAAUUCACCAAAGUAGCCUAAAGUUUAACUCUUCCUCUCUGGUUUUAUUUAAAUUACACAACUUUCCCCCAGGCCUUUAUAGCCAAUCGUCUACGGCUAUAACACAGAAAAUAAUAUGUUUUGUGAUAACUGCACUGUGAUUUAAAUUUAGUGGGGUGAAAAUAAAAAAUAAACAUUGUUUUUCAGUUAGGGAUUCUUUCUUAACGUUAAGGAUCCCAAUUUUGUUGAAACAUUUUAACGGUUAAACGUUUACACCCCUACUGUCAGCACAUUAUGUUGUUUUUGGCCUCGUCCCAGAGUUGUCUUAUACUUUGGAGUUCUCAGUCAGGAAUCAUUUGGAUCAAAAUAUAUUAGAGAAAAAUGUCAGACAAGGAAAAGCUGAGAGGUGGCCCAGAUGCAUUGUCAGUGGGGAACUGGAGUCAUUUGAGGUCUAUAAUUUCUAUCAGGUCUAUAAUCCUGAAGGGAGUAGAUACUCUCAAAGGUGGCUUUUAAAACUGAUUAGUUCAGAGUGCUGGUGUGUUCUAUGUUUCUCACAGCCUCCCCUCUGUAGGAGUAUUAAUAUCCUUUUAGGCUUUUACACACCAUAUCGGACACUCACACAUACACACAUGCAUGCAUGCACGGACACACACACACAAAAGUGACAGAUAGAGGUGGGAGGGUGUGGGGUAAUUCUGUGUGCACUGGCGAAUGUUGUUGAGUCCAUUGCACUCUCCGCCCCCUCUCCUCCUGCAGCUGUCAAUCAAACUCCCUGUUGGCCCAUCCAUCUCCAGCUCUGGCUGUAGGAGCCUGAAGGCCAGAUUGAUGAAAGGUCUCAUGGUUGGAAGGAAGAGGACUAACUUUGAUGUUUGGUUAUUAUUACCUGUCAUCAGCACCGCUGGUCGUUUGGCUCUCGAUAAAUAUCUCCUUUGUUGCAAUAGCCCAAGGCGGCGAUGGGUAGAUUGGGUAGAAUAACACAUUAGGUGUAGUACUCCUAUGCUCUUGGUCACGUUUUGUUUUGCAUGACAAAGACUACAGAAGUUGGUAAAACAGCACAAACAGAUCUGGGAAUAGGCUGGUAGGCUAGUAAAAGCUCAAUCCUACCUUAAGAUAUGAGCAUGGAACUUGACAUUAGCAGAUAUCUUCCAUUGACAUCAAUGCAUGAUUUGUGAGGAAGUCUGGAUUACACAGACGUACAGUGUCUCAAAUGUGUUAUUUCCCCUGAAUAAAGAAACUCAAGUAUCACUCUCUCUCCAUUCUCAUUGGUAGACCAACGGAAUACUGAACAAGAUCUGUGUAGAGCAGACGCCAUUGGACAACAAUACACAGGUCAAAGGGGGAGGGGGCGGAGGAGGAGGAGCCACCUAUGUGUUCAAGGUAAGGAGAAAAGCCCGCUUCGCAAUACUCUUAAAAAGCUUUCCCUGUUUUCUUGCCCUCCUUGAUCACUGAUAGGUGAAAAUAUUGGGUAUGCCUCCUCCAUAUUGCUUUCAACUGUCAGAUGUGAAGGAAGGAAUGGAAAUAAAAUAGUCUGGUAAGGAUUAGGGCUGUUGCGGUGACCCUAUUACCGCCACUCCGGCAGUCCUGAGUCAUGACCGCAGUCAGAUUCCACGUGACUGUUGAGUCACAGUCAUCUCCUCCUAUGCACAUGAAUGGCGCUAAUGCAUUGGUUAGUACCUAUCUCGCUUACGGCUGCUAACGGUCUGGUACUCAGCUCUCUAUUGUCCCUCUAAUCACUCUGACAUCAUUUUACAUUUACAUUUUAGUCAUUUAGCAGACGCUCUUAUCCAGAGCGACUUACAGUUAGUGAGUGCAUACAUUUUCAUACUGGCCCUCCGUGGGAAACGAGCCCACAACCCUGGCGUUGCAAGCGCCAUGCUCUACCAACUGAGCUACAGGGGACUAUGCAGCAAUGCAGACAUAAUUGGUCUAGCCUAUAGGCUAAUCCAAAAUUAAAGAAACUCUAGUAAUCACCUUUGCGUGUGGGCUGUAUAAUUAUGCAUACUGAAUGGACUGGUUACCUUAAGCUACACUCCAAACUUUAUAUCCAAGAGUCUGGGAGAGAACCUAUAGGCCUAGGCGAUGCUGUUGGUUCAUUGAUUGUGCAUGGCGGCUUACAGAGUAUAGUUAUUUACUUUGUUUAAAUACGUAAUAAGAAACCUCAGGACUCCAAAUGUAAAUUGUAAUCAGGCAGAAAAUCGAUUGAUUUUAUUGAUUGAUUCAGAAGCACAUAUUCUAGGAAAAAGUUAUAUAUUGAAACAAAUACCAACCACGUAAUUUGUAGAGUUGUUUGGCAAAAAUAGGUUCAUUAGAAACCUUGGAAUCUGCUGUUUCUGAUAGGCUAUAGCAAUCAAAACAUCUGGCCUGCAUGGACCUCUGUAGCAUGAUAUGGAAGAAGUGCUUUUUGGUAAGCUUUGUUCCCUUCUUUGUCAAUGCUGGUCAUCAGCCUCCUCAUUAUUUUUUUGACAAUCGAUAAUAUUGUCACCCAGACUAUUGUCAAUUCAAUCUUGUCUUUAGGCCACAUCUAUUGUUAUUAUUAUUAUUAUUAUUAUUAUUAUUAUUAUUAUUAUUAUUAUUAUUAUUAUAUGUGUUAAAUUAGUUUCAAUAUAGUUUAGAUGUAGUUUGGAUGGGCCAGCUGGGCAGGCAACUGUUGUCUUAGUUAGACAAUACAAUCUUAUUUGAGUUUUUACUGUCUAACUGUGGCUCCAUGUGUUCCUCAUGUGAAUAGGCUACUGGUGACAAUCAGCAAUAGCCAUUUGGGAAAAAUAUCCUUUCUAUUUUAUUCUGUUAUAUUCCAUUAUAUUCUUACUGCAACAGUGUUUUUUUAUGACUAAAUGAAAUAUUAAUGGAUCUAUUUGUGAUUGUGUAUAUUAACACUAGAAAGGCAGAGAGCAUCAUAAUGACACAAAACGAAUGUAAAUGUUUAAUUACUCUGCCAUUUUUUAAGUCAUGUCCCACUCGUCCUUGACUUUUCCUACAUUAGUCUAUAUAACACACUGUCGUUAGAAUCUUAAAAUCACAAACAGAAGUGGAGUUAUAACCAGUUUUAGGAGGGCAUGUACUUUUUUGAAUGGUUUUCCCCCAUUGCCCCUCCUUCUCCCCGACAGUAGGGCCUGCUCCGCUCCUUCACCAUAACACUACAUGACCAAAAGUAUGUGGACACCUGCUCGUCCAACAUCUCAUUCUUGAAACAUGGGCAUUAAUAUGGAGUUGGUCCCCCUUUUGCUGCUAUAACAGCCUUAACUCUUCUAGGAAGGCUUUCCAGUAGAUGUUGGAAAAUUGCUGCAGGGACUUGCUUCCAUUCAGCCACAAGAGCAUUACUGAGGUUGGGCACUGAUGUUGGGCAAUUAGGCCUGGCUCGCAAUCAGCAUUCCAAUUCAUACCAAAGGUGUUUGAUGGUGUUGAGGUCAGGGCUCUGUGCAGGCCAGUCAAGUUCUUCCACACUGAUCUCAACAAACCAUUUCUGUAUGGACCUCGGACCUCGCUUUGUGCGCAGGGGUAUUGUCAUGCUGAAACAGGAAAGGGCCUUCUCCAAACUUUUGCCACAGUGUUGGAAGCGCAGAAUCGUCUAGAAUGUUACCAUGAAAAACAGCCCGAACAAUGAAAAACAGCCCCAGACCAUUAUUCCUCCUCCACUAAACUUUACAGUUGGCAAUAUGCAUUUGGGCAGGUAGCGUUUUCCUGCUAUAUGGAAUUGUUUUAAGAAAGUCAUACCAAGGAUCGUUUAGCUAUUUGAUUUAGAAUUUUAAGAUCCCUUGAAGUAUCCCCAAAAUAUGUAAUAAAAACAUUAUUUUGGGCCUUAUUGCUAAUAUCCCAUACAAACGCAUUGAAUAAGAAAUUCACUACAUGGAACAACAGAUAGUCCCCAAAAAUAUCAAAAGGAAGUUUGUUCUGAAGUCCCUAAACUCGGCAAGAGUCUAUUGUCCUGCUCAUAGCCCAUCAAGGGUGGAUGGCUUCUUUUGUAUUCCAAUUUACUGGAAAGGCUGCUAAACCAUUUACACCUGGCCCACAGCGUUGUUGCAUACUUACAGUAGAAUGUACUUUCACUCCAUUCUCCGCCUGACUCUCUACCAAAUGCCACCAGAUUAUUCUUUCUAUUGUUAAUAAAUAAAACACCUACAUUAAAUAGCUCAAGUCUUGAAAAUAUGUGAAAACUUUUUUUUUAAAUCUGUGCUUAGCCAUCAACUUGGUAAUUUAGCAGACAUCACUUGUGAAUAUUCAGUCAACACAUAUAUUAUAAGAAUGUAAUGGAAUAUAAGACCAUUUUAGUUUUUCUUAGAAUUAAAAACCUUACAGUAUAACAACAGUUUUAGUAAGUAAUACGCUACAGUCCAGUUACAGCUUCUUCUGACAAAGUAGAAACAAAAAAAGUGUAUUUUUUUUGUGUGAGCGCGGGACAGAGGAAGAGCAAUUCUUACAAUAUUGUUCUAAAUUCAAUCACUCUCUUCUUCAUCCUCAUCAAUUAGUUAAUUCAAAUUCAAUUGUCACUCCUGUUCAACAACUCCAAAUUGAUUUUGCAUGUGCUCCAAAGGGAUAACAUGAUAUAGGUUAAUUUGUCACGUUCGUUGAAUACAGGAUUGGACCAAGGUGCAGCGUGGAAUGCAGACAUGUUUAUUCACGAAGUUAACACACGAUAAAACAACAAAAGCAACGUAACGUGACGCUCACAAUGGCUACACACAAACAAGCCAAACAAGAGUCAAGAUCCCACAACAUAGGUAGGCAAAAUGGCUACCUUAGUAUGAUCCCCAAUCAGAGACAACGAUCGACAGCUGCCUCUGAUUGGGAACCACACCCGGCCAACAUAGAAAUACACAACAUAGAUAUGCACAUAGAAAUUCACACCCUGACCAAACCAAUUAAAGAAAACCGGGCUAUCAAGGCCAGGGCGUGACAGUACCCCCCCACCCCAAAGGUGCGGACUCCGGUCGCAAAACCUAACUUAACAGGGGAGGGUCCGGGUGGGCAUCUAGCCUCGGUGGCGGCUCCGGCUCCGGGCGUGACGUCCUCUCCCUUACUGCCUCCCCGUUGCACCCCUGGUCCAGUCUGGACCUCGGCGCGAUGCUUCCCCUCUCAGUCCUCCCACGAUGCACCAAGCCCUUUCUGGACCCUGGUGUGGGAGACCCCGACCCUGGAGAGGGGCUGACGUCUGGGCCUGGACAGGCAAUCCCCCCGCGAUGCACCAAGCCCUGUCUGGACCCUGGUGUGGGAGGCCCCAACCCUGGAGAGGGGUUGACGUCUGGUUCUGGAGUGGAGCCGCUGACCGGAGCUGAACUGGACCCCGGUGGAGCGGAGUGCUCUGGCUCUGGACUGGAGCAGCUGACCGGGGCUGGACUAGGAACCGGUAGAGCGGACUGCUCUGGCACUGGAGUGGAGCAGCUGAUCGGAGCUGCUCUGGCACUGGAGUGGAGCAGCUGACCAGCGCUGGACUGGACACCGGUGGAGCGGACUGCUCUGGCACCAGCCGUACCGGGCUGGGGACACGCACCACUGGUCUGGUGCGAGGAACAGGCACGGGCCGUGCCGGACUGGAGACACGCACCACUGGUUUGGUGCAAGGAGUAGGCACAGGGCAUACCGGGCUGGCGACAUGCACCACUGGUUUGGUGCGAGGAGCAGGUAUGGGCCGUACCGGACUGGAUACACGCACCACUAGUUUGGUGCGGGGAGCAGGUACCGGGCUGGCGACACGCACCAAUGGUUUGGUGCGGGGAGCAGGUACGGGCCGUACCGGACUGGAUACCUGAGUAUGAUCCCCAAUCAGAGACAACGAUCGACAGCUGCCUCUGAUUGGGAACCACACCCGGACAACAUAGAAAUACACAACAUAGAUAUACACAUAGAAAUUCACACCCUGACCAAACCAACUAAAGAAAACCGGGCUCUCAAGGCCAGGGCGUGACAUAAUUAAAUAAUUGAAAGGAAUUUUUUUAUUAUUUAUUAGCCUAGUGGAUAUAAGUACGUUAGGCAUAUCAUUUGAAUUAGGCCUCAUGUAAAAUCAUUGUCAAAAGCAAAAGAGAUACUGUUGCAUGACAAACAGGUGCUAUUAGAUUACAAUAUAAUCUAUCUGCCAGUUAGGAACAGUGUAAACAAUACUAAAUAAAUAAAUAAAGUAUAAGUAAUACCAGAGUCUGUUCUAAUGAAAAAAAAUUGUAAAGUCUUUAAUACAGCAUAGAAAGCUUAAAAACAGCAGGAUUUGUGAAAUUGCUUUAUCCGAUAUUUUGCGGUUGCUUGGUGAUCACAGAAUCAGUAGGAUAUUAAACAAACACUCAAAUAGGCAACAGAAGCAGGAACAUCAUAGGGCUGAGUGACUCACUCAUUCCUGGCUUUCGUUCAAAAUAAGUUAUAUUAUAAUGCAGGGUUAAAGACACAUUUUCACAUUCUUUGAUAUUGAGUUAGAAAUGUACAGCUAAUUUCAUUUGAAUUAUUAUGUGGAUUAUAAUAAAUUAAUAUAUUUGUAGUGGUUGAUGCAUUUUUUGUUAGGGCAAAUCUUGUCUGUGAUGUUGAGUUACAAAUGUAAAACUUUACGAGUACUUAAGCAUCGAAUACAUUGCAGGUUUGCCCUUUUUUUGGCCAAUAGGCUACACUUUACAAUAGGACUCAACUCUGACUGACAGCAGCAUCUAUCGGUAGUCUAAACUGUGGCACGAAUUGGGGGAUUUUUCACACCUAGUCGAGCUAUUAGACUAUCCUUUUGUAAAUUAAUGGAGGUGUGAAUGUUUCAGUCAGUCUCUCUCCUAUCGCACUAGAGUCCUGCAUCAGGUAAAAAAUAUCAGCUGGCGAGUGGUCCCGGAGUUGAGAGAGAACUUGGAUAAAUACAAUGGCGCAAUUACACUUGACAUGUGGACUGACGAUUUUCAAAAUAUAGGAUACUUGUGCCUUAAAGCCCAUUACAUAAACAAAGACUGGAUGUUAUCCACCAUGGAGUGGGACAGUGCAUCUCAAAACUGCAUAUAACAGAAGGCCAGCUAUUGUGAAAGAAUACUUGUGGAUCUUGUUGAUUUCCUCUAUCGCUUCAAGAGGCCUACUGUCCACCUGGUAAUUGUGUGGUUCCAAAGGAUAAAGCGUCACCUUCAGAUGGAUGUGUGGUUUCAGAGAGAAGCCAGCUGUGAGCCUGCGACCUGGCAUGGUAGAUGACAUCCUUUUCCUGCACAGCAAUUUGAAGAAAUCCAGUGAUGAAUGGACUGUUUAUUAAGUUAUUGUUUUAGUAUAUUUAUUUGUUGUCUAAUAUUAGAAGGCUCUUUAAAGCGAUUUGAGUUGUCAAUGUGCUGCAUCGCAUUGUGAAGAAAAAAAUAUAUCUGUUCUUAAUUCAUGGCAUGGUUUCUUUUUAGCCAAAUGGACAUUUUUUAUAUAUAUAUAUAUAUAUAUAUUUUAACCUUUAUUUAACUAGGCAAGUCAUUUAAGAACAAAUUCUUAGUUACAAUGACGGCCUACACCGGCCAAACAUGGACGACACUGGGCCAAUUGUGCGCCGCCCUAUGGGACUCCCAAUCACGGCCGGUUAUGAUACAGCCUGGAAUCGAACCGGGGGUCUGUAGUGACACCUCAAGCACUGAGAUGCAGUGCCUUAGACCGCUGCGCCACUCGGGAGCACUGAGAUGCAGACAAAUUAAUUAAUGCAGGAAAAGAGGAAUACUAGCCUACUGUCUGUAGUCAUAAAAACAAUUAGACUAAAUAAAUUGAUAUUAUUUUGUUGGGUAACGGAUUGGCUCUCGUAAUUCAUUAAGAGGCGGCUUCUAUCUUCAAUAUAAUCAUUCAUUCAGAAGGUUAAACCCAUAGGUCUUAGGCCUGCAGUAAAUUAAAUUAGAUUACCAAGUUCCAUUUUCAUUAGGUUAUAAUAAUCCAUGCCUUCUGGGAAUUUUAUAAACUCCUAAAGUGAUGGGUGGAGUUUAAAAUGUGGCUGUCAGAAGUAUUACAAUGGAAAUGAACUUUUAAUCCGUCUGUCUGCAAAUUUCAAGACAUGGCAUAUAAGGGUGCAGUGAGAAACCCUAUGCGUUGGAUGAUACUUUUCUCGUCAAUCAUCUUGAAAAAAUGUAUACUUAAAAACUGAAAAUCAACCAAUGUCAGCCUUUAAAUGAUUUAUUAUCCAAAUGUUGAAAGUGCGUGUGGGCGACGGAGAGAAACAAAAUGGUGCAGUUUGAGGCGAUGUGGCGAAGAGUGAUGCGGGCACUGGAGAUGGGGGUGUGAGCAGGUGGGUCUGGGCAGGGGUGAUGUAGUUGUCGUUUGUAUGUGUAUGUUUUGUAUUGUCUGAAAAUAUCAAAUCAAAUCUUACAAAAAAAUUAAUUAAGGAGAAAUUACGAGCUUGCAACACACAUCUGAUUAUUCAUUAUGAAUAUAAUUGAUUUAGUUUACAUUAUUCAUUGUAACCACAACGUCACAAAUAAUUGAACACAAACAACAUGAGCAGAUUAACUUGGUCAAAACAUUUGUUUAUUAAAGACUAUCAGAAAGAAUGUUCGUACGUAUUUAUUUUGAUCCAAAGCCACGAAUGAGUGAGUCAUUCAGCUUUAUGCUGACAAAUAUAGCUUUAUGGUGGAAAAGAGCCUACUAAAUAGGCCAAGCCUAAACAAAUCUAUUAAAUUGCCUAAAUAAACAAGUACAUUUCAUAAAUAAAUGAAGUAGCUCAGGUCUUGAAUAUAUGGACACUUUUAUCCCCUCCCUGUCCUCGCUGGACUCUCUGUCAUUCAGUUUCUUCUUCACAUCAACAAAGAAGGACUCCGUGUUUCAGAAACUCACUUUAUGUAGAGGGGCUAUCACUCUUUUACACUGUGGUAAAUAAAGCCAGUUUGUUAUUUAUAAUUAUUUAUUUCUGUUUUUAGAGGGAGAGAAACCAAAAGCCCACUGUGCCUAUUUUUCAAAAAUCGUCAGUCCACAUGUCAAGUGUAAUUGCGCCAUUGUAUUUACCCAAGUUCUCUUUUAACUCCGGGACCACCCGCCAGCUAUUUUUUUGUUGCUGCCUGAUGCAGGACUCUAGUGCCAGAGAAGAGAGACUCUCGGACUGAAACAUUCACACCUCCAUAAAUUUAUGAAAAGAUAGUCAAUUUGUGCCACAGUUUAGACUACCGAUAGAUCAGCGUUCUAUCUCCCCCUUGUGAUAGUGUGGUGCAAUGACAGAAUAACGCAAUGUACCAUAAUCUGACACCAUCUACGACAAACGGUUGCUGCAUGAGCUCGAAACUUUUAAUUGAGGAACCACUGUAUAUCUGAGAGAUAUAAGAAAGAUCAGGACACGUUUGUGAUUUUUUUUUUUUUUACAGGUAUUGAACCCCUUAUUUUUGGCAUUAAACAGUCUCAAUAUAUACACUACCAGUCAAAAGUUUUAGAACACCUACUCAUUCAAGGGUUUUUCUUUAUUUUUACUAUUUUCUACAUUGUAGAAUAAUAGUGAAGACAUCAAAACUAUGAAAUUACACAUAUGGAAUCAUGUAGUAACCAAAAAAGUGUUAAACAAAUCAAAAUAUAUGUUAUAUUUGAGAUUCUUCAAAUAGCCACCCUUUGCCUUUGUCACGCCCUGACUCUGAGGACUCUCAUUUGUUGAGUCAGGGUGUGAUUUUCCUUGUUGUGUAUGUUCCUAUGUGUUAUUUUCUAGGGUUGGAUCUAGUAGUUAUAGAUCUAUGUUGGCCUGUGUGGUUCCCAAUCAGAGGCAGCUGUUGCUCGUUGUCUUUGAUUGGGGACCAUACUUAGGCAGCCUUUUGGCACCUGUUAGUUGUGGGAUCUUGUUCUGUGUGAGGUUUGUUGUGUGUACCUUAGGACGUCACGUAUCGUUAGUUUAUUGUCUUUGUUCGUUGUGUUUAUUCUAUAUAUAAUAAACAUGAAUGCAUGUCAUGCUGCGCCUUGGUCCUUCUCGUUCGUAAACGAUCGUGACAGCCUUGAUGACAGCUUUGCACACUCGUGGAAUUCUCUCUACCAGCUUCACCUGGAAUGCUUUUCCAACAGUCUUGAAUGAGUUUCCACAUAUGCUGAGUAGUUGUUGGCUGCUUUUCCUUCACUCUGCAGUCCGACUCAUCCCAAACCAUCUCAAUUUGGUUGAAGUCAGGGGAUUGUGGAGGCCAGGUCAUCUGAUGCAGCACUCCAUCACUCUCCUUCUUGGUAAAAUAGCCCUUCCACAGUCUGGAGGUGUGUUGGGUCAUUGUCCUGUUGAAAAACAAAUGAUAGGCCCACUAAGCCCAUAUGUUUUGAUUUCUAAGACAUUUUAAGGUUUGUAUCAUUCACAACUAAAGUUGCCAAAUGACUCUAAAUCUAGCGUAUAGGACCUGUUUCAAAUGAUCACUUUUGCGCUCAACAUAGCUCAUAUGUGCACUCGAUCAGGAAUGGGAAGAAUAUCCUUUCAAUUUUAUUCAGCUAAGUUAAAUUAUAUUAUUCUUACUAUAAAGUCAUUUAAUAUAAAAUAAUGACACAGAAUUUAUAAGCAUAUCUUGUCUGCUAAAUGAACUAGCCUACAGCCUUCCAUUUGCAUUGCACAUAGCCAGAUAACAUAAAGUAGAAUAUGCUAUUCUGUUCUUCUGAAAUACAUUUUCUUCAUAUCAUAAUGUUUCUUUAGACCAGCCUAAAAUAAAUAAUGGAUUUAUUGUGAUGGUGUAUAUUAAAUGGAUUUAUUACACUUUUUAAAAAUUGUAUAUGUUCUAAAGGCAUGCAUCAUGCGAGGAGGCCUGGAGAUGGUAAAUGUGUUUAUGUUAAUUAAUGGUUAAUUACCCUGAGAUCUGCAGGCAUUUGCAUGACAGUUACCAUCUGACAAAAUGUAAGGAUAAGGAAGUUAGGAAAGGAAAUUAAAGGGGAUGUAUUAGAUGAUUUGUAUGAUUUAUAAAAAUAUGUUGUUGUUUCUUUCCUCAAUUGAGCACCUGUGCAUUUUUUAUUGAAGCUUGAAACGGGUCUGGGCAAACCAACAUUAAAUGUAUAAUAUAUGCUAGAGAUUGAUGUAACACUGACUAAUUUGCCAUGGUAACAGGUGCAGAGGGGUGUCCACAUCCCCCUGAUCAUCGCAGGUGGAGGUGGGGGACGUGGUUACAGCAGCCAAUCGGACAGCCAGGAUGAGUUAAUGGACGACCCCAAUGUACCAGGGCGCAACGGGAAGUCUGGAGCGGCAGGUAAAACUUCCAACAACACAGUGUUUUGUGUUGUGAAGGUCUGCUUGACAGUGUAUGUGUGUGCCUGCCUGUGCGCGCGCCUUUGUUGUGUGUCUGUUUGCUCGUUCCGGUGUGUUUGUGUGGGGGCGUCUGCCUCAGUGUUUGCCCCCAAUCCAUUCUGGCCCCCUGUGUCCCGCUCCCUUGGUGCAGUUUGAAUUCAAUACAACUACAGCCUUUUAAAGGCUGGCUCCCCAACUGAGUUAUAUUAACAACUCAAUAUAAAUAUUUACCACUUUAAUCUCUCAACCCACCCAGUGUUUUCAGUGUCUUGUGCUCCAUUAUGUGUUUCAAGUACAUUUUCUGUGUGGCUUGUUUGUACUUAGAGCUAGAGUAUGCUUUAGCGGGGAUAGACAAUGUUUGUUUACAGUAUUGUAUAACGUUGGUUUAUAUAUUAUAAUUUUUUUGUGAGGAAUUUACCGUAGAACGUUGCAUUUGAGACUAUGUACUCCAGUUUUGUGGUUUGUUUAUGGUAAUAGAAAAUGAGUUUCAUAGGAGCGCUACCUAUGUGCAUAGUAAUAUUUAUAUUUCUUACUAGUAAAACAAGACAGGACAAGAUGACAAGCUUGCAUGCCUAUUAUUUUCACAAUUUGUCUCUCUCCGCCUCUACCCGGGGUGCAAACACACAUUACCUCUACAUUACCGUUAUUUUUUACACAUCUCUGUAUCCAUUAUUCAAUCAUUUUGAGUCAUAUUCGGCUGUUCAGUAGGCCUUAGACUUACUGUGAGUGUAGCCCGGUGAGCGCAAAUGAAAAAUUCACUCUGUCUGGUCUGUUUGCUGUUUGUUGCUGGCGUAGAGUUUUCUAUUUUUAGAGGUUUUGGAUAUACUUGUUUGUCUCAAUCGAGUGGUGGGAGAGAAGAGGAGAAAAUAGGGCAAGACGCAAGCCGGAAGAGUUUGUGUAGGAUUAAUUGUGGGUGUCUUCGUGCUAACUACAGCCCAAGCCUGGUUUUGGCCCCUACUACAAGCUACUGCCAAGUCUCUAUCAGAUAGAGAGGUGGUUACUGUCUUUCUGGCUCGGCGCUGGAAGCAUUCCUGUUGCUUUUUCAGACAAUGGACCUGAGUGUGAAUGGGUGGAUGUUAGGGAGUUUCAAUCAAAUUAAUCAUAAUAGUAUCAUCUCCCAUCCAUAAGAACAACCUUUAUCUACAUGUUGGUGCCCCAUAUGAGGAUGAUCCUCUACAUUAUGGUGCCCCAUUUGAGGAUUGACUUGCAACUUUCAAGGACUGUGACUAUCCAGGAAUCAAUCAAUCAAGCAUUCAAUCAAUGAUUCAUUGAUUGAUUGGCUAUCCAGAAGUUGUCUGUAAAUGUGUGUACAUUAUUUAAUCCAGUGUAUAACUGUUUUAGUGUUUGUCCUUUAUAUCUUUGUGUGUGUUAGGUGGAGGCGGAGGUUGGAAUGACAGUAACCCUGGGUCUCAGGGUGGGAGACCCCUCAUACUUGGAGGCCAGGGGGGGCAACCCUGCCAGGUGUUGGGCUGGAAGACCCGAGGGGGCUUCGGGGGAGGGGGAGGCGCCUGUACAUCCGGUGGUGGAGGAGGGGGGUAUAGAGGUAGGUAAAAAAUAUUUACAAUAAAUAUACAGUAUAUAGUAACAUGACUAUAAAGCAAUGCAGUGCAUUCGGGAAAGUACUCAGACCACUUGACUUUUUCUACAUUUUGUAACGUUACAGCCUUAUUCUAAAAUUGAUUAAAUCGUUUUUUCCCUCAUCAAUCUACACAAGAUACCCCAUAACGACAAAGCAAAAACAGGUUUUGAGAAUGUUUUCAACCCCCCAAAAAAUGACAUUUACAUUAGUAUUCAGACCAUUUACUCAGUACUUUGUUGAAGCACCUUUGGCAGCGAUUACAGCCUCGAGUCUUCUUAGGUAUGACGCUACAAGCUUGGCACAUAUGUAUUUGGGGACUUUCUCCCAUUCUUCUCUGUAGAUCCAUUCAAGCUCUGUCAGGUUGGAUGGGGAGCGUCGCUGCAAAGCUAUUUUCAGGUCUUUUCAGAGAUGUUCGAUCGGGUUCAAGUCCGGGCUCUGGCUGGGCCACUCAAGGACAUUCAGAGACUUGUCCCAAAGCCACUUCUAAGUUGUCUGAGAAACCAAUCUUGGUUUCAUCAGACCAGAGAAUCUUGUUUCUCAUGGUCUGAGAGUCCUUUAGGUGCCUUUUGGCAAACUCCAAGCAGGCUGUCAUGUGCCUUUUACUGAGGAGUGGCAUCUGUCUGGCCAUUCUACCAUAAAGGUCUGAUUGGUGAAGUGCAGCAGUGAUGGUUGUCCUUCUGGAAGGUUCUCCCAUCUCCACAGAAGAACUCGGGAGCUCUGUCAGAGUGACCAUUGGGUUCUUGGUCACCUCCCUGACCAAGGCCUUUCUCCCCCGAUUGCUCAGUUUGGCCGGAUGGCCAGCUCUAGGAAGAGUCUUGGUGGCUCCAAACUUCUUCCAUUUAAGAAUGAUGGAGGCCACUGUGUUCUUGGGGACCUUCAAUGCUGCAGAAAUUUUUUGGUACCCUGUACCUUGAUACAAUCCUGUCUCAGAGCUCUACGGACAAUUCCUUUGACCUCAUGGCUUGGUUUCUACUCUGACAUGCACUGUCAUUCGUGGGACCUUGUAUAGACAGGUGUGUCCCUUUCCAAAUCAUGUCCAAUCAAUUGAAUUUACCACAGGUACAAUCAAGUUGUAGGAACAACUUAAGGAUGAUCAAUGGAAACAGGAUGCACCUGAGCUAAAUUUCGAGUCUCAUAGCAAAGGGUAUGAAUACUUAUGUAAAUAAUGUAUUAUUUGUAAUACAUUUGCAAAAAUGUCUAAGAACCUGCUUUCGUUUUGUCAUUAUGGGGUAUUGUUUGUAGAUUGAUGAGGGCAAAUUUUUUUUAAAUUAAUUUUAGAAUAAGGCUGUAACGUAACAAAAUGUGGGAAAAGUGAUGCACAGUAUAACAAUAUAUUACAUUACAUCUUCAGUCUUAUCUUAACAUCCAAUAACAGUCAAAAGUUUGGACACACCUACUCAUUCAAGGGUUUUUCUUUAGUUUUACUAUUUUGUAGAAUAAUAUUGCAGACAUCAGAAAUUGAAUCUUGUAGUAAGCAAGAAAGUGUUAAACAAAUCAAAAUAUAUUUUAUAUUUGAGAUUCUUCAAAUAGCCACCCUUUGCCUUGAUGACAGCUUUGCACACUCUUGGCAUUCUCUCAAACAGCUUCAUGAGGUAGUCACCUGGAAUGCCUUUCAAUUAACAGGUGUGCCUUCUUAAAAGUUAAUUUGUGAAAUGUCUUUCCCUCAUAAUGCGUUUGAGCCAAUCAGUUGUGUUGUAACAAGGUAUCGGGGGUAUACAGAAGAUAACCCAAUUUGGUAAAAUACCAAGUCCAUAUUAUGGCAAGAACAGCUCAAAUAGGCAAAGAAAAACAACCGUCCAUCAUUACUUUAAGACAUGAAGGUCAGUCAAUAUGGACAAUUUCAAGAACUUUGAACGUUUCUUCAAGUGCAGUCUCAAAAACCAUCAAGCGCUAUGAUGAAACUGGCUCUCAUGAGGACCGCAACAGGAAUGGAAGACCCAGAGUUAACUCUGCUGCAGAGGAUAAGUUCAUUAGAGUUUCCAUCCUCAGAAAUUGCAGCCCAAAUAAAUGCUUCACAGAGUUCAAGUAACAGACACAUCUCAACAUGAACUGUUCAGCGGGACUGUGUGAAUCAGGCCUUCAUGGUCGAAUUACUGCAAAGAAACCACUACUAAAGGACACCAAUAAGAAGAAGAGACCUGCUUGGGCCAAGAAACAUGAGCAAUGGACAUUAGACCGGUGGAAAUCUGUCCUUUGGUCUGGAGUCCAAAUUGGAGAUUUUUGGUUCCAACCGCCGUGUCUUUGUGAGACGCGGUGUGGGUGAAUGGAUGAUCUCCGCAUGUGUGUUUCUCACCAUAAAGCAUGGAGGAGGAGAUGUUAUGGUGUGGGGGUGCUUUGCUGGUGACACUGUCUGUGAUUUAUUUAAAAUUCAAGGCACACUUAACCAACAUCACUACCACAGCAUUCUACAGCGAUACGCCAUCUGGUUUGGGCUUAGUGGGACUAUAAUUUGUUUUUCAAUAGGACAAUGACCCAACACACCUCCAGGCUGUAUAAGGGCUAUUUUACCAAGAAGGAGAGUGAUGGAGUGCUGCAUCAGAUGACCUGGCCUCCACAAUCCCCCGACCUCAACCCAAUUGAGAUGGUUUGGGAUGAGUUGGACAGCAGAAUGAAGGAAAAGCAGCCAACAAGUGCUCAGCAUAUGUGGGACCUCCUUCAAGACUGUUGGUAAAGCAUUCCAGGUGAAGCUGGUUUAGAGAAUGCCAAGAGUGUGCAAAGCUGUCAUCAAGACAAAUGGUGGCUAUUUGAAGAUUCUCAAAUAUAAAAUAUGCUUUGAUUUGUUUAACACUUUUUGUUUACUACAUGAUUCCAUAUGUGUUAUUUCAUAGUUUUGAUGUCUUCACUAUUAUUCUACAAUGUAAAAAAUAGUAAAAAUAAAGAAAAACCCUUGAAUGAGUAGGUGUGUCCAAACCUUUGACUGGUAGUGUAUAUAUUGUAGAUGUCAUGUAGAUUUUCAAUAACUAUCUGUCACUUUGACAUUGUUGGUCCAUAAAAUGUUAUUAUCAUUAUAUAUCAUUAGAUAAUAUCAUCAGGUAGCACUUUAGAUUAAAUUAUACCUACUGUACAUACCAGCGGUGUCAAACUCAUUCCAUGGAGGGCCUAGUGUCUGCGGGUUUUUGGUUUUUCCUUUCAAUUAAGACCUAGACAACCAGGUGAGGGGAGUUCUUUACUAAUUAGUGACAUUAAUUCAUCAAUCAAGUACAAAGGAGGAGCGAAAACCUGCAGACAAUCGGCCCUCCGUGGAAUGAGUUCGACAAGUGCUAUAUACCAUGGACGUACAAUCAGUUCACUGACUGAUUGUGUAAUUUUAUUACCACGGCCAUCCCCUUCCCUUUCUCUAGGUGGCAGCACCUCUGAAGCAAAUGACCCAAAGCAGGACGGAGAGGAUGGCUCCUCUUUCACCAACCCAGAGGGUGAGAUCUUCCUGGACGCUCUGAAAGGUAACGGAUUAUGAAAUGAGAGACAAUUACAGUACACUAUAGGGCGGCAACCGGCAAGGUAGAGGUUAGUGAGGCGGACGAGUAGUAAGGUUGCUGGUUCAAGCCUCAGGCAGGGCGAUAAAGGUGGGAAUUGAACAGGCAACCAGAGGCUUGCUGGUCUCUGCUCCCAGGUACCUUUCAUUACUGUUACCCUUGAGCAAGGUACUUUGCCCAUACAAUUGCUCUGGCGGUGCUGCUCUGCGGUUGACACGGUGUUGCUCCCAGCCUAUUCUAUUCUAUUAUGUAGGCUAGUGCAGCUGGAACAUUGUAUAUUGUGGGAUGAGGAAUAAAGCAAAGGGGCAGCAUAUACGGUGGGACAAAUGCAUGGGGCAUAUCCUUUGACCAUUUCCUGUGUCUGUGCCUGUAGGGAUGGAAAGUGAUGGAGAGGUGAUCAUCGGCCCCGUGCAGAACUGUAGCCACUGUGAGACGGGCGAGUGUCAUGAGAUCGAGGAGGGGACCAUGUGUUAC